CGUCUCGAGACAGGAAACACUGGUCAGUUGAGAGAAAUUGAAACUUAAGUGUUGUUCAGCCGUUGUCUGGCUGUAUCCUGUGUUCGUGCAGUGUAAUGGCAGAAGCCAGUAUUUCAGUGGCUGAAGAAGACCAGUUCAGCUGUUCAAUCUGUCUGGAUCCACUGAAGGAUCCAGUGACGAUCCCCUGCGGACACAGUUACUGUAUGAGCUGCAUUACAGACUGCUGGAAUAAAGAUGAUCAGGAGGGAGUUUACAGCUGCCCUCAGUGCAGACAGACCUUCACUCCAAGACCUGCUUUAAACAAGAAUGUGAUGCUGGCUGAAAUGGUGGAAACACUGAAGACAAAAGUCCAAACAGCUCGUCCUCCUCUCAGUUAUGCUGGACCUGGAGAUGUGGAGUGUGACGUCUGUACUGGAAGGAAACGCAAAGCUGUAAAGUCCUGUAUGAUGUGUCUGGAAUCAUACUGUCAAAGUCACUUUGAGUGUCAUGAAGAAUCUCGUUCAAGGAAACGACACAAAGUGACUGAUGCCACUGGACGACUGCAGGAGAUGAUCUGCUCUAAACACGACAGACUGAUGGAGGUUUACUGUCGUACUGACCAGCGAUCUAUUUGUUUGAUGUGUGUGGUGGAUGAACACAAAAAUCACGAUACUGUUUCAGCUAAACAAGAGAGAAAAGAGAAACAGAAACGGGUUGAAGAGACAGUAAUAAUAUUACAGAAGAGAAUUCAGGAGAGGCAAACGAAGCUCCAGGAGCUCAGAGAGUCUGUGCAGACUCACAAGCGCUCUGCACAGGCUGCAGUGGAGGACAGUGAGAGGAUCUAUACUGAACUGAUCCGCUCCAUUAAGAAAAGCCGAUCUGAGGUGACACGGAUGAUCAGAGAUCAGGAAAAGGAUGCAGUGAGUCGAGCUGAAGGACUCUUGAAGCGACUGGAGCAGGACAUUGUCGAUCUGAGGAGGAGAGAAGCUGAGCUGAAGCAGCUUUCACACACAGAUCAUCACAUCCAUUUCCUUCAGAGAUUCCAGUCUGUUUCCGUCCCUCCUGCAUCUACAGACUGCACCACUGUCCCUUCUGUCUGGACUUAUGAUGAUGCGAGAAGAUCUGUAUCUCUGUUAAGAAGUAAAUUUGAGAAUUUCUGCAAAGAGGAGAUAGAAAAGUUAUCUGCGAAAUACAUAAAAAUCACUGAACCCAGAACAAGGGAGGACUUCUUACACUAUUCCCAUCAGUUUACUCUGGAUUCUGAGUCAGUGCAUAAACGCCUCUGUCUGUCUGAGGAAAACAGAAUGGCUACUUGCGCUGCCACAAUACAACUGUAUCCUGAUCAUCCGGACAGAUUUGAUGUUUGGCCUCAGGUGUUGUGUAGAGAGAGUGUGUGUGGACGCUGUUACUGGGAGGUGGAGUGGAGUGGGGGUGCGGUGGGACUAUCAGUUUCAUAUAAGAGCAUCAGCAGGAAAGGACGGGGUGAUGAGUGUAAAUUUGGAGGUAACAAUCAGUCCUGGAGAUUAUUUUGCUUUCGCUCUGGAUACAUAUUUAGUCACAAUAACAACAAGUCUGGACUCCCUGUAGUCUCCAGCUCCUCUAGAAUAGGAGUGUAUGUGGAUCACAGUGCAGGAAUUCUGUCCUUCUACAGCGUCUCUGACACAAUGACUCUCAUCCACAGAGUCCAGACCACAUUCACUCAGCCGCUCUAUCCGGGGUUUGGUGUAAAUCAGAAAUCAUCAGUGAAACUGUGCCAUCUAGAAGUAUAGAUAAUA